GUCUUCGCACGGUAAAGCUCUUAGUUGCUUAAUUGAGAUACGUCUUCUUCGUUGAUUUAGUGAAAAUUGCCUAAAUUGAUGAAAUAUCCAAAACGAUCGUUUUCAAGUGCACACUUAUUUAACUGUGCACAAGUGCAAUAAUCGCGUACGCGUUGUGUUUGUUAAACAAGCAUCAAAUAUCUAAAUACCAAUUGAGAAGUGAGCGAAAAAGAGAAAGAAGAUAACUAUGUGCAAAUGUUUGUGUGGCAGUGUUGCUAUUGUUGUUGUGGCCAGCUAAAUUUAUGAAUUAUGCUUAAAAUACAAUUUCAAUAAAAGUUGCCAACAAACCAGAAAAAUAUCAUAACUGCGACAAAAAGUAGCAAGAGCAGCGAUUAAACAGUAGUUUGGACGGAUCUGACUGAGAGAAAGAAAGAGAAAGAGAGAGAGAGAGCUUUCAAUGGGUCAUCAAUUGAGCAAGCAAAGUGUCGUCGUUGCCAGCAGCAAAAGCAAAAGCAAGGAGAAUAACAAAAAUCAAGCGAAUUUGGAACAGGAACAGGAACAGGAGCAACAAUUGCCAGCUACAAGAAUCAGUUUGCAAGGAUUGACGCCUACAGCUGAGGAGGAGGAGCAGGAGGAGGAGGAGGUGGAGGCGUCGUCAGCCGAGGUGCGACAAAUCAUAAUUAAAAUACAAUUGGCCAAAAUGGAGAAUGGCAAUGCUGGCAAUGGGAAUGGGAGGAGUGUGGAACAGGAGCAGCAGCAGCAGCAGCAACCACAACAACAAUUGCCACUUGCUACGGGAGGCGUCGCAAUGUCUGCGGAUACGCUCAAUGCAAAUGACCAAAUUGUGAAUGUUGAAAUGUUGACACUGGCAGUGGCAACGGGAGCGGGGAGUUCAGGUGCGAUUCGAACUGCUGGCAGUCUAACGGAAGCGCCCGAAACGAACGAAAGACGACAACAACAACAACAACUCGUGAAUAACAAUUUCGCGGAAAGCGUUGUGUCGGCGUCGACUGCGGUCAAAAUGCUACAAUUGUACGAAGACGGUAACGCCGACGCUGACGCCGACGCCGAUGCGAACGACGACGAUGAAUCGGAAAUGGAAGCCACGAUGUUGUCGUCAUUGCUGCGUCGGCGUCGCCCCAGCACAAGCAGCAGCAGCAUCAGCGCUAACGGUGCCGAAGGCGUCGAUUAUUGCGAGGUGCUCGAACCACAGCCGCCAGUCAACGAAAUGUUGUCGAGUGGAGCACAACAACGCGCGCAAGCGCCCAGCAGCAGUGGUAACAGCUGUUGCCGCAGUCGCAGCAGCAAAACUUUGCCAGCACAAGGAGCAGCAGCAGGUGGAGGGGCUGAAGCGGGGGCAGCAGCGAGCACAACAAAGCGUCGCUGUUGUAAAUGUAAAUGUCGCGAUGCUUUGCGCGGUCUGCGCGGCAUGCUCGAGUCCAGCAAGGACAAAAAGGACACACAAGCAGCAACAGCAGCAGCAGCUGCUGCCGCUGCAACUGCAACUCUUUCAACAUCGUCGCGCAGCAAGACACGCCACAUCGCCGCCGACAGACGUUCAACGCCGCCAACGCUAAGCGUCGCUGCAGCAGCGGAGCACCGUCGGCGUCAACGCAACUCGGUGGCAGUUGCAGAGGUCAGCCAAGUGGCAAUUUGGGCAUCGCCCGUCAUCAUAAGGAUCAGUUCAACGCAGCCGCAGCAGCAACUGGUCGUGGAAGCCGCCACAGCAGCAGUGGCAACCAAUUGCGGUUUCACGUCGACGACGACAACGCCCCUGGUCACCGUGGGGGGCCACAAUAUACGAGUGGUGGAUGCCGCCAACAUGUUGCCGCCGCGAGAACAAUCUUCUUCCGAAAACGCAUCGGCAUCCGCCGGCGUCGCUAUGACUCCGUAUGGUGCUGGGAUGCGAGUACAUUCCCAGAUUGAUUUCAUGCAUUGUCUGGUGCCCGAUCUUGAGCGGAUCUUCAACAGCAGCUUCUACUGGGGCAAAAUGGAUCGGUAUGAGGCGGAACGCUUGCUCGAGGGUAAACCUGAGGGCACAUUUCUGUUGCGCGAUUCCGCACAGGAGGAUUUCCUCUUCUCCGUCACAUUCCGCAAAUACGGACGGACACUGCACGCCCGCAUCGAGCAGAGCGGCCACAAAUUUAGCUUCGAUUGUCAUGAUCCUUGCGUGUUUGCUGCGCUAACUGUGACUGGUCUGCUGGAGCACUACAAGGAUCCGUCGUGCGUGAUGUUCUUUGAGCCGUGUCUGACGAUGCCGUUGCAUCGCCGGCAGACGUUCUCGCUGCAGCAGCUGGCGCGUGCCACAAUUGUCUCGAAUACCACAUACGAUGGCGUCAGUCAGAUGGAGCUGCCCGAUCGCCUCAAGAGCUAUCUGAAGGAGUAUCACUAUAAGCAGAAGUUGCGCGUGGUUGAUGUGGUGCCACCGAUGCCACCGCCACCGGCGGGCUUUGCCUACUACGAGGAGGCGGAUGAUGAUGUGGAUCUGGAUGAUGAUGAUGAUGAUGAUGAUGAUGCGGUCAACAUACGUGUCUCAUACGUGCAGCAUGCUGCAGUUGUGGCACAGUUCAGGCAGUGUGGCACAUCAACAACAGCUGCCACUGCCACUGCUGCCAGUCGUCGUCAUCAGCCGUUGCAGCAGCAACUGUUUCAGCUGCCCAAUCGCAUGGCUGCCGCAUUUGGUCGCAUGUCCGCCAAUCUCAAUUGUUAUCAGCCCGUCACAGCUGCAGCCGCGUCGCGCAGCAGUUGCAACAAACGUGCCGCCUGAUCCUGAAAAACCAAAAACCAAAACAACAAUUGCAACUACAACUACACCUACAACUAGAGACAAUCCCAGUGCGUCGUGGGCCGAAAGCAGCCUGCAAAAAGAAGAAUGCGGAAAAAACAAAAACAUAAAAAUACAAAUAAUCAAAAGUGUUUUUAGGAAAUGCAAGUAGAGCAUAAAGUUAACCAUAAGUAUUAUAGAAAUUCAAACUGAAAGAUCCUCUGUCUCUAUACAUACAUAUAUGCAUAUGUAUUAUUAUCCAAAAUCGAACUCGCUGCGCAUUUGUUAACAAACAAUUACAAAACAGUUUUGAACAAGUAUUUUAGUGAUGCAAUUUUAAAUUUAAUU